AUACAAUUCAAUUCAUUUUCAUUAUCAUUGAUAUUACUGUCAAGGUCAUCAUAAUUAUUUAUAAUAAUAAUAAUAAUAAUAAUAAUAAUAAUAGUAAAGUUUAAUGAUUUUGUCAAAAGAGAAAUGUUUUAAUUCAUCUCAUGCAUGAAUUAUCCAUUAGAGUAACCAAUGGGAGAAUCAAAACAUGUUUAUAAAUGCGAUGAUUAGCAUUACUAUUCGUCUAAAUGUAUGCUCUUUUCCUUUAUAAUGAUAAUAAUAAUAAUAAUAUACUUAGAUUAUAUUACAGAAUCCCGUAACUACGCCCUAAACUAUCAAUAUAAAUAACAAAUAUCAGAAGUUUGUAAAUUUAAAGGAAUUAAUUAGCAGUUUUUGCCAAAUGGAUAUAGCUCGAUUCUCAUAACACCACCCCAGCCCACCCCACCCCAAAAACACAUAAACUCUACAAAGAUAUCUUUUUUUAUUUAAUAUACAGUCUGUACAUUCAUUACAUAAUCUAAGCAAUAACUAUACAUCAUUACUACUAUUAUCAGUAUUUCAUUCUUUGGAUGUAUAACUUGUUAAAAUAAUGAUGAAUAUAUCAUUAUUAAUUAAUUAUAAGCCAAUUAUUCUAUUAUAUAAUGAAUUUUCAAUGAAAUCUGUGGAGACUACAUGAAUUAAUUCGUAUGAUUAUGCAAUGAAAAUUCCUACUCUUAAUUUUUCACCAUUUACAUGUAAAUAUAUCUAUUCAUAAAUUAUCCCAUCCUUAUAUUAUAUAGAGAUAGAUAGAUAGAUUGAUUGAUUGAUAACAAUAAUAUAUAAAAUGGAUAAUAUACCAGAUCUAUCACAUUUAACUCCAGAAGAAAGAAAAAUUAUUGAAGAUGUAAUGAAUAGACAAAAACAAGAGGAGGCUAAAGAUUCACAACUAGUUAGCAAAGCCAUACCUGUAGGAAAUCAAAGUAUCAGAGAUCCAAUCAUCACUUCACGCUCAACACAUAUAACUAAUCCCAGUGAAAAAUCUCCAAUCAAUAUUGCCACAGUUAAUGGUAAGAAUGUGACUAAACUAUCCUCAUCAAGCAACACAAAUACCUCAUUACCGUUUGGUAAUACAGUAGUCAAUUUAAUGGCUGAAGCUGCACACGCUGUUACUGGAGGCAGUACAGGAACCACUGGUGGUUUUAGUGCUGGUCAUUCAGUGAAUGUAUGUGAGUCAUGCCAUAAAACUAAAUUUGCUGACGUUUCUGGAAAUCCAUGUAUUUAUUGCAAACGUAGGACGUGCACCAGAUGUGGAGGUCACAUGGAAAUCAAACCGAAUAUAGUUCACUGGGUCUGUAAGCAAUGCGCACAAAAUCUCACAUCAGAUAGACAAAUAGUAACGACAUCUGGUGGGAAUUUACCUCAUCAUAUGGAAUCUUCAAUAAAUAGUAGUAUUACUGGACGUUUGGGUGAAAGUAUUAAGGAUUUUAUUUCCAAACCGAAAUCAUCAGAUGUUAAAAGGCAAUUACCCCAAUUGAAUGUAAAAAAUCAAAAUGUACCAUAUAUUUCCGAUGGAUCCAGAGGACAAACAAUACAACAUAGAAAUUCAGGUCGUACUCUAGCAAUGAAUCGAUCAAAUAGUUUAGAUGCAGAUAAAACGGCCUAUAUUAGCCCAGAUCAUUCUGUGUACCAUGUUGAUCAACAGAGACCAUUUGGUGAUAAAUUUAAAAAAUAUGAUCAAAUUCCUGGUGAAUAUGGUCAUAGUGCAAGAUCUAGGCAUACAUCCGGUGCAUAUUAUCCAUCAGAUGAAAUCACUUCAUACAGAGAAGUGAAUAAUCGUUGUCCCCCUAAUGAUCCCCGAUUACAUGGUAAUACCUAUUUGGAUUCUACAUAUCCAGGUGAUUCAUUCCCUUCUGAUCCAUCGGAUUCACCAUGUCAAAGUGGUGGUGGUGAUAGUAGUACAAAAUAUGGUUUGUCUUAUGGAAAAGGUCCAGCGCAUGAAUUUGGCAGACACCAAGAAAUCAGAUAUAGAAGUGAUCAAAAUUUUCCUUCUCAAUCACCAUAUUACAAACAAAACUAUUCAUCUAGUCCUUUUAGUGCACAACGACGAAAUAAACCAAAUUGGGAAACUUAUCGUUAUGGUGCUGUACCACCAAGAUAUCGUGACCAAUUACGCCAUCAUCAGUUACAUCAUCUUUCAUUUAGUAGUUCAGAUGGAGAAGAUUUCAGUGUUGUUGAUGAUGGCUCAGUACUAUAUCAAGAACCAAGACGUCGAUUAUUACCGACAAAUUUUGAAAGAAAAAAUUCACCAUAUUCUCAAGGAACUGUUACAGAUGAUGAUGAUCCAGCUAGUCAAUUUUAUAUUAGUAAACGUUCAACUACACCAUAUUAUGAUAGACAGUUAAAACCAACUGUAUGGGAUCAAGAUAAAGCAUUAUCUUUAUGUGAUGAACCACCAGUAAGAUAUGCGUACAGUGAUGAAGCUCAACCUGUAUAUCAUAGACAACUACCUGAGAAUAGAUCUAUGGGAUAUCAAAAAGAUGUUCAAUAUAACCAUAAAGAUGGAACAGUUGUUACAAAAAGGUUACCACCGAAUAUUUCAUCAUCUCAACCAGUAACUUGGAGUGUUUCAGAGAAUGGUAAACGUUUAAUUGGUCAUAUGAUUUUACAAAAGAAAACUGAUCCACAUUUUGGUGAGCCUGGAUUAGGUCUUAAAUUAGCUGGUGGUCGACUCGACAAAUCUGGACAUUUAUCAGCAUUUGUGACACAAAUUAAACCAGGAAGUCCAGCAGAUAUUAUUGGGCAUUUAAAAUCUGGUGAUGAAAUUUUAGAAUGGAAUGGACAACCAUUACGCGGUCUUAGUGCUGAUGAUGUUUCACAAAUCAUAUAUCAGUCAAGAGAUGAAUUACAAGUGGAAUUAUUAGCUCAAAGAGAAUUGAAGUAAGAGUUUUAUUUAAUAACAAAAUUCAUUUAUUUUGUAAAUAAGUAGGCUAAUGAAUGACAUUGUUAUACAUAUAUAAUGUUGUUUAAUAACUAAGAUGUGUACUUCAUAAUCAUACGAACUUGAGAAAAUUGUUAGUAGCAACCAACUCAGUAACUAACUAACUAACAUAUUACAGUUUCGAGAUAAUGGAGAUUUGUAGCUUAGGUGGAUGAUUUUGAAGUGUUCAAAUUUCUCCACAUGUGGUUCACAGCUUGUCCUGUACACCUCGAUGUUGAUUGGUUCUUGUUGACCUUCUACCUGAAAUUUGUGCUGAUGAUGUCAUUUGGAAGAAAGAUGAAAGCUCCUUGACCAAACCAACCAGCUCAGAGAACAAAACUCC